UUCAGUGGAGUGGCACAUUAGAAGCUGCUUUGUCUGUGGGGGUGCAAGAAAUGCACAGUUUUGGUGAACUUUCAAAACAGCUAUUGAGUUGCCUGGGGGACUUCCUUGCUGCUAAUAGGUGUUAAAUAUCGGGCAGAGAUGUUUCUGCUGCCUUUGAGGAGAUUCCGACCUGAGCAUGCGGACGCUCAGUACGCCCAGCCCAGCGUUAAUAUUUCCGCAGAAUUCCCACAGUUGCCAGAAUGGCAGAGGGUCAUCUACUUCCUCCUCCUCAGUCACUGGGGAAACGGUUGCCAUGGUCCACUCGCCACCUCCGACCCGCCUCACGCAUCCUCUCAUCCGGCUGGCGUCCAAACACCAGAAGGAACAGGCCAACAUAGACCGGCUGCCAGAUCACUCCAUGAUCCAGAUAUUCUCUUUUCUGCCUACCAACCAGCUGUGCCGCUGUGCCCGUGUUUGCCGCCGCUGGUAUAACCUCGCCUGGGACCCACGGCUUUGGAGGACUAUUCGCCUGACGGGCGAGACAAUCAACGUAGACAGGGCUCUUAAAGUGCUGACGCGGAGGCUUUGCCAGGAUACGCCUAACGUAUGUCUCAUGUUGGAGACGGUAAUAGUUAGUGGCUGCAGGCGGCUCACAGACAGAGGACUCUACACCAUUGCCCAGUGCUGCCCAGAACUGCGGAGGCUAGAGGUGUCUGGCUGUUACAACAUCUCCAACGAGGCAGUCUUCGAUGUGGUGUCACUGUGUCCCAACCUGGAACACCUGGAUGUGUCAGGCUGCUCCAAAGUGACAUGCAUCAGUUUGACUCGCGAAGCCUCCAUCAAGCUGUCUCCCUUACAUGGGAAGCAAAUCUCCAUCCGCUACUUGGACAUGACAGACUGCUUCGUCCUGGAGGACGAAGGACUGCACACCAUUGCCGCUCACUGCACUCAACUGACCCACCUGUACCUGCGUCGCUGCGUCCGCAUCACCGACGAGGGUCUCCGCUACCUGAUGAUUUACUGCACGUCCAUUAAGGAACUGAGCGUGAGCGACUGUCGCUUUGUCAGUGACUUUGGCAUGCGGGAGAUUGCCAAGCUGGAGUCCCGCCUCCGAUACCUUAGCAUCGCUCACUGCGGUCGGAUCACAGACGUGGGCAUACGUUACAUUGCCAAAUACUGCAGCAAGCUGCGCUACCUCAAUGCGCGGGGCUGCGAGGGUAUCACGGACCACGGUGUGGAGUACCUCGCCAAAAAUUGCACAAAACUCAAAUCACUAGAUAUUGGCAAGUGCCCUCUGGUCUCAGACACCGGCCUGGAGUUUCUAGCCCUCAACUGCUUCAACCUGAAGCGCCUGAGCUUGAAAUCGUGUGAGAGCAUCACUGGGCAGGGCCUGCAGAUUGUCGCUGCCAACUGUUUUGACCUGCAGAUGUUGAAUGUGCAGGACUGCGAUGUCUCUGUGGAUGCCCUGCGGUUUGUUAAACGGCAUUGCAAGCGCUGUAUUAUAGAGCACACCAACCCUGCCUUCUUCUGAAAGGACUCCCUACAGCUGUUGUUACAACGCAGUAUUAAAAACACUGAUGUAUAAACACACAAUCCCAUACUCAGUAAUGCUGUCUUUUCUAUGGCUCACAGGAGUCAGCUUUUCUUGUUUGUUGGUGAGGGGGAUUUUCUAGAGGACUAUUUUAUGUGCUUUUUGUAUGAUCACUUUUUAGGUGUGGUGAGCCUCUGUGGAGAGGCUGCCUUAAUUCAAAAGCAGUGAGUGCUCAGCAUCCCCACUGUGAUGCCAUUUUUGUAACAUCUCUGAUCUUGUCCCAGGCUAAAGUAGCUGACUCCAAAGGGAAUAGCACAUAACCACUCCUUUGGAAGUGUUGCUAAGCUGUGUCAAAUACAUCUGAAUUCCAGCUGUGCUCAUGAAUCUGACUAUGCAAUAUGUUUCUUGUUCCCCACCUUCUUCUAAUACAGCUGAUAAAGCAUCCCCUUAUCUCCAUGCAGUUUCUCCUUAGUGGUCAUUCCUUGUAAUUCCUCAGGAAAUACUGGGUGAUGUCUUCAGAUGUACUUGCCUGGAGCAGAGGAUGAGCUGCUGGCUAUUGCUGAGCACUGUGCUGAGUGAAUUUGGAGGUCGUGCCCAUGCAUGGCUUCUCUUGGAAAGCCCUCUUCCAGGUCGCUCAUGCGUCAUCACCGCUUGCCUUCAGUUCUGCAUCAGCCGUCUUCUGCAUGUCUAGUACACCCUCUGGUAGCCAACAGGGACUUCUGGGUCUUGUAAGCAGUGACAUUUUCACUUGAGUGAAAGAAAACAGAUAAGAUGUUGGUGGCCUGGCCAAGGGGAAAGCCAGCAGAUCAGCCUGAGAAGCCUUUGCAUUUCUGCAACAAGUUGAGAUAGUGCUGUGGUACACCAGGGACUCUGAAGUGUUGCGGGAUGGUUUGCACGGGGCAGUUGCAGUUGCUGUGCUGCGCUGCUGUCACUAGAAAGUCUAUCCACCUUGCUUCACGGUUUCUCCUUAGCAGCCAUGGCACCAUUGCAGCUGAUGCUCCCUGAGCAAACUAGGUGCACGCAUUGAGGUGUAUUCAAUAUGUGCCUUACUACACGUAGAAACCUGACCGUUUUCUGUGGCCCUCCAGUUUAAAGAAUGGGUGGCUGAUCUCAAGAUUUCAAAGACGUUAGCCUGACGUGAGAUCACACUGGUGGGCAAAGAGGGGCUUAGGGUGUUAUUCACAUUAGAUUUAGAUUUUUGCGAAACCUUGUGGACUGGAGAUAUGGCUGCUGUUCAAGAAGGAAUUAAAAUGUCAGCCUUGUCCCAUGACACUGGAAGCCUCUUGUAUUCUCAUGGCCGUUCUUGUGCUCAGACAGUUGGCUUGGAGGAUCCCCCGUCUCAUUGCCUCCUUCCCCAGGGCGUGUAGUCUUUUCAUGGUUACUUCCUUCACAGUUUUCUGGCAGCUCUUUUCUCUGUGCUUCCACAUGUAAUGCUCCGAUCUGAAAGCCAGACAUGUUAGGAGUGAUGAUAUUUUCAGUCAGGCUCCUGGCGCGUGACUGACAGGUGAAUUCGUACAUUCAGCUCAAACACUAUACAUGUCUUGACAGAGGAUGUAAGAAGGGAAGCACUGGAUCUGGUUUUCAUAAGCUGUAACUCCAUUAUCUCCAGACAACACUAAUAAAAUCUUAGAUAUGGAGUGAAAAUCCAUAUGCUCAAGAAAAAUAUUUAAUUGCUUAGGAAAUACUUGUAGAAAUGCUCUUUCAAAUUACAAAAAACAAUGCUUUGCACAUCUCUGCAGAGGGAACUUGUUCUACUUGUGCAAAACAUCCUGUAAAUUGUGCAUAAUCCUUCAAUUGUGAAUUUCUUACGUUAGGGGAUAUCAGCAGUUCUGAAUUAUAAGUAAUAUUGUACAAAAGCAAAGAGGGCCAAGGAAAAUCGUUUUUUCAUUGCUGUUACUGGUCAGUGUCUAAUGGGGGGGGGGGGUGAUACCAUCCUUUGACCAGUUAACAUCACUGUAGUUUCCCUUUUUGUAUUUUUAAAAUUAGAGAUUUUCUUGAGCAAGCAGUACAGUAUAUUUUAUCCAAGCCAGCUAUACUCUGUUUAUCUUUUAUCUCAAAAUGGCCCCAAGAAUAGUUAAAUGUUAAACCCAUUCCUGAGGGUGGUGGGAUUUUGAGCCAUUUGCACUCAUGAAAUAUAAGGCCUCAUUAGUAACAUUUAAUUGUUUAUUAAAAAAAAAAACUACUUCUCUGGCUAUGCUAAAUUGAGUGGAUAGCACUAUAUGGUUUUUAGGGUUUCUAAUGUUUAAAUUGGCCUGUACUGUACAAAUCUCACUAUAAAGCCUUAAUUUACUACCAAGAAAUAAAGCAAUAUGUUGAUAACUGCUGAGCAUGCAUGAUCAUUUACACUAAGUGAUUAACUUCUGGCCAAAAUGAGGGGAUACAAAAUACUUGUAAAGUUUUAUUUUCUUGAAACUAGGUAGGUGAAUGAGCACAUCAUCAUAUGAGGUAGGUGAAUGACUAUAAAAAAGGAUUUAUUAUAGGUUGUAUGACCUUGUAUGUCUGUCUCUUUAUAAUUUGCUUUUCCUUAUGUGAUUCUUCUUGACUUUGACACAUCGCUACUACCUGGAAAUGUAUGUAAAAGAAAAGCCGGUAUAUAAAAGGCAUAUGUAUAAGAAGUUCAGGAAGGCCUCUGCAUUGAUUUAAAGGCAAGUUAACAUAUCCGAUGUAAAAAGUGAAAUGAAAUGACUUAAAGGCUAGAGUGCUAAUUAGUGUAAUGUUUCUUUCCAAAUGUUUUAAAAAAUUCACUCUGGGGUCACUAGUGGAAAAUGAAUAAAGGUAAUUUUUCUAAGCCAAACGUUUUUAAGUACAUGAUCUUACAGUCUUGCAUGAUUUGAUUUGGCACUCUGAGAUUGCUACUUAUUUCAAGAAAAUUUGAAUUUAACUUAUUGAUCCAGAUUGCCUGUUUUGACUUUUAACCUUUUCCCUGUGUCUGCUUGCAAACCAGCACGACCAGAAAGGAAACCAAAAUAGUGCAUGUAGAGCUGAGUUUGCUGGAGAGGUUGCAACAUGCGAGCGAUGUGUCUUCGUUCCAGUUUGAGUUUGGCAGAGACUAUAAAUUUCCUCAGCGAAAACAUUGUUGAUUCUUGAACCGUAAAAUUCAGGCUCAAGCAGUGAGGCUUCUUCCGCUCCAUAAUAGCAUGUAGUGAUCCCAUCAAAGAAAGCAGCUAUGAAUCACAUCAGUCAGGCUGGCAUGUUACUUGCAUCUCUGGGAUAACUUGUGCAGUGUAGAAAGAGGUCUCCUAGAGAGGUGCAUCUAAACCAGCAUACUCUUGGAAUACAGCCAAAGCUCUCUAUCUAUGUUUCUCAUUCCUUUGAUUUUGGUAAAAAAUGGAACUAUAUGCCCUGUGUCAUCAGUAGAAGGCUGAUGCAAAGCGUAACAUUUUUGCCUUUUUUACCGAUGCUCAUUUACCGGCUUCCUAGAAAACGUAAAACAGCUUCUGUUGGACGUCAGAACCGUCACCUAGAUUAUAACCUUCCAGCAGUGGCUUACGUCAUUUCUGAAAACUUCUACCCUUUGAGCUGGAAAAUUGAAAAGCUAGUAAAAGACCUAAUUUUAGCACUAGCCUUGAAACAAGUCUAAACUCGCAUUAAAAGGAAACAAAGUGACCAUUUUGACUGUGGACUGGCUGCCCUGUAGCUGUCAGUUUUAGUUUAAAAGAAAAAAAGAAAAAUCUACGAUGGAGUUGGUAGCAUAGCUUCUUUUCCCCCAGAGUUCCCCAGAAAAGUAGCUUGCUUUCAGUUUUUCAUAAUUUUGUUAAUUUUAACUGUUCGGACUGAAACUUCCCGUGCUGGGCUUGGAAGAUGCAAAUUGAAGUGGUUUGCAUGGUUCUGUAUAUAAAGCUGGGAGGAAAUUUCAUUUUGCUUACGUUAAACUCCUGGUGACCUUUUUCUUUGAAAAGGGUUUGUUGCCCUCCAUCUCCCCCAAGGCCUUCAGAGUGGAAGUGGUAUGAGCCUUGUCUGGAGGUCAAUUUUGACACCAGGAUGUGUCUUAAUGAUCUCCCAGCGAAAGUUCAUCUAGAUUUAGCAGCACGGUCUAUCUUGGAACAUCUCCAGUUCCAUGGUCAGGGAGAAAAGGGGUUGGCAUCUAAAAAGCCUCAAAAAAUUGUCUCUGCUGGGCACGCUCAUGUCUCUUGAGGCUUGUAGUCUGGUGAGGAAGCAAUUUGGCAAAGCUAAGAGGUGAUUGUCACUCUUGCAGUGUGGAGGAGGAAAUGACCCGAGGUACAUCAGGAUUGCCUGGGGAAUCAGGCCACAGGAGGGUCGAAAGACAGAGGAUUUGGGGAAUUGGGAAAAGAGGCAGGAUGAAGGAAACUUCCUGGGCAAACGGGCUGGGAAAGAGGUGAGUAAAGAAGAGAUCGACUGAUGGAUUUUUAGUUUUAAAAAAAAAAAACCAGGGCUGAGACUAGGAGAGGUGGAUUUGCAUGAGCAGUUGGAUAGGGAGUGUUGGGCCAGAGGAGAGUCAAGUAUUGAAGAAAGGCAUUUGGGGCAGUGGUGGAAGUAUGAGGCAAAUGGGCUGGCAGUAUGUUAUGUGAAUAAAGCACAUUCCCUCCAGGGAAAGCUGAGAGGGGCUAUUUCUGGGAGACUGUCUCACAGAUUUGAAAUAGUGUCUCAAAAACGAUACAGGAACUUUGAAUUUAAGGCAUCCAAUGUGAAGCAGGAUAAGCUUAUAGGCAGAUCUUUAGCCUUUACCAGCAAAAGCACGCUGGACUCGGAGACAUCGGCACUUUUGGGUGUCUUAUUCCUGCCUUUACCCCUUUGCACCAGGUAGUCUGUUGCGAGCAAGAAGGCAAGGCAUAUUUGUAAAAUUGCGCUUCCUUUUGCAUUGUGUUUCAUCAACAGCAAUGCUUCUGUUUUGGUAAAGCACAGGCAUCAGCGUGAAGUCAAAUUCAUGCCCUUAUGACUGUUAGAGGGCAUAAUAAUAGUAGGUUCAAGUUACUGCCAGGCAGUAGACAUGAGAAUUCAAGUCUAGCAUAAGAAAAAUACAUUGGACUGAACUGCAUUACUGAAUAUUAUUUCCCAGAUUAAAUCAAUUUUCUUCAUAAGAUAGUUGAGGGUUGUUUAUUUUCCUGCACCCCUGCUGUCUAGCUGUGCACUUCAGAGCAGAUUUUUUCCACUGUUUGUCUUCUGUGAGAACUGGACAGAAAUGUCAGGUCAUUUUUCUCUUGUCCUCUGGAUGCUCACAGAGGCGCGUCUUAGGUUUAUACUGGUUAAUGGAAAUCUUUUCCAAGUAGGCUCUGCUAAUACAAAUUAAAAAUAUAUAUAUUAUGAGUGCAACAAUCCAGUUGGCUAUGGAUAUAUCAAAUUAAGCCAUUAUAAAUAUAAAAGUUGCUAAGCAGACACUGUAAAGAGAUACCAGAAGGAGGGAUCUUUCUAAAAAAUAAAAAACUCAAGCUUUUAUAGGUGACCUUGAUACUUUUAAUGCGAAACAGAAAUCUUAACCGUUACUUCUAGGGCUAAAGAUACUGUGUUUGUUGGCUUAGAAGGGAUUAAUUUUCCUUUGUUUUUUAAAGAAACAUUACAUGCUGAAGCCUCAAGCUCAAGUAAAUGGCAGAGAUGGAAAAAAUCAUCUUAGAAAGAUGAGAGAGAAUGCAAUGA